UCCACGCUUUUCCACUGUUUUGUGAACCUGCUUAAUAAAAACCAAUGAAGGAACCAGAGAGACUGAGACUCAGGCCAACGUUACAUACCCCCUCACAUGAUGUCCAGAUGAGAGGCCACAGAAGGAGCCAAACUCGGCUUCAUCGUCCAUCAUGAUGUCACAGAGGGCCGAGCUCUACAUCUCUUUGAAGGCACAGGACCAUCAAACCACCAUGUUCUACCACAUCUGGGAUCAAAAGAGUGAAGACACAAGGUGUUGGACGAGGAGCAGCAGACUGGAUGGAGACGAGGACAUCAAGAGAAGGUUGGAGGAGCAGCUGGAGAAACAGAGGGAGGCUCAUCAGAAGCUGCUCAGCCGCCUCCGAGACCAAGUAAGUAAUCAGCAGUAAAUCAACGUAUUCAUAUUUAUCUGGUAUUUUAGCCUUUUUUAAUUCAUAGUAGAUUGUGUAGAAUGAAACACACAUAGUAUUUGUCAAAAUCACUUGACCACCUUGACAUGAAUGUUUUAUUUAUUUAUUUUUAUUUUAUUUUAUUAUUUGUUACCUUGUAGCCAUAUUAAUGGACUGACAGACAGUGAAGAUCUCCACUUAAUUAUUGGGAGUUAUUUUGUGACCUAA